UCCUGAUAAUGUGAAUUAUGAAUUGUGUUUGUCUAUAUGGGCACUGCGAUUGGCUGCCUCUCUCUCAAAGUCAGCUGGGAUCGGCUCCAUUGUGGAUGGACGGAUGGACGGAUGGACGGAUGGACCCUCACAAAGCUUGACAGUCCAGGGGUCAUCCAGGGGUCAUCCAAUCCCCUGCUUAUUUGCUCCAUCUCUCAUGGUUUGCUGAUGAGUGGAAUACGCGGCGGGACACAGACCAACUCGUGCUGUACUUACCUGCGGGAUUACAUCUCAUCUUUAGUCAGGUUUGCCAUCUACCGUUUAAGUCAUGGACGCGUUUGGCUUCAUGACAAUUGGUAUAACAUUGUUUUAUAUGCUGUUUGGCGAGAGGAUUCACAAUGUAAGGAAAAUGUACCUGGCUUCUCGGGAACAGGUUACCAAUCACCUUCCCAACUGUGUUCCACUGAAAAAUCUGAAUGACGGUGCAGAGGAUAUAACCGUCUUUGGAGAUGGACUUGCCUUUAUAAGUACUGGUUUAAAGUACCCAGGAGUACCAUCAUCCGACGCUCCUGGAAAGAUCUUCCUUUUGAACCUGAAGGACUCCCAGAUGGAACCCGUGGAGUUGCCCAUAUCCAAAAACUUUGACCUGGAGACGUUCAACCCUCAUGGCAUCAGCGUCUACACAGACACAAAUGGAACAGUUUACCUGUUUGUUGUCAAUCAUCCUCACCACAAAAGCCAAGUCGAGUUGUUUAAAUUUAUCGAGGAGGAACGCUCCCUGAUUCAUCUCCAGACAUUCAAAGAUAAACUUCUUUACAGUGUCAACGAUAUCGUGGCAUUGGGAGUGGAUCGUUUCUACGCCACAAACGAUCACUAUUUCUCAGAUGAACUCCUUAAAACCAUCGUGGAGCCUCUACUGGGUCAACCUUGGUCUAAUGUCGUGUACUACAGUCCUGAGACGGUCAAAGUGGUCUCUGAGGGAUAUUACUUUGCAAAUGGCAUCAACGUCUCACCGGAUAAAAGGCAUAUAUACGUGACCGAUAUAUUUGCUCAUAACGUGCGCGUGUUGGAGAGGAAAGGAGACAAUGCAUUGGUCUCUGUCAAGUCCGUGGCUUUGGGGUCACUCUGUGACAACAUCGAAGUUGACCCUAAAACAGGUGACCUGUGGUUUGGCUGUCUACCCAACGCGUGGAGGAUUUUCCACUUUGACCACAAAAAUCCGCCCGGAUCGGAGGUCAUCCGCAUCCAGAACAUUCACUCUGAGGAACCAUUGGUGAGUCAGGUGUAUGCUGAUGACGGUCAUGUGAUCAUGGGCUCCUCUGUAGCCACCACCUAUGGAGGCAAACUGCUCAUUGGCACAGUGUUUCAUAAAGCCUUGUGCUGUGAUUUGGAGAUGUAGGCAAUAAAACAACAUUGUGAACACAAUAAGAUGAUCACUUUUGAAAUUAAUUCAUGACGAAAACCGUGGUUCCGUUGUACAGUAAUUGUGUAUUCAAGUCCGCAACCAGCAGAGGUGCUGUUCAUUCAGUUUCUAAUAGUUUGAGAUCCAUACGCUUUUCCUCUUUUCUGACCUAUAAAUUAGACUACGUUGUUGUAUUUUCGGGGCUGC